AUGGACACAUCCAAGUUGAACUUGUCCUCUUUGAGAGACAAGAUUUCCAAUAAAUUGGGCAGCCUGGCUGGUUCCAAGAAUCAGAAAAAGAAUAAGAGGGCUUCCGGUAAAGACGACAAAAGUAUCAAGGUCAAUGAGACGAAGCCAAAGGAUUCUGAAAAGAAACUGAAAAAGACUGAAAAGUCCAAGGUUGGAGAAUCUGAAGCAGAAGUUUUGCGUCGUGAAGCUCUUGCCUUGGGUGCUACCGAAGAAGAUUUGGCCAUGUUAAGUGGAGUAGAGGAAGGUGAAGAUAGUGAACAGGAAUUCGAUGUUUCUGAUGCAAAAUUGGACAAAGCUUUUGGAGAUGACUUGACUAAUUUUAUGAAAGGAAUUGGCUUAGGUAAUGGAGAAGCUGUUGUAGUCGAUGACGAUGAAGAAGAAGAAAUUCCAGAAUUGGUCGAAAUAGCCGAAGAAGAAGAGGAAGAAGAGGAAGAAGAGGAAGAAGAGGAAGAAGAGGAAGAAGAGGAAGAACAAGAAGAAGAAAAUGUAGAAAUUAAAGAGUCUGUUGAAGAAUCUGAAUCUGAAUCAGAGUCUGAAUCAGAGUCUGAGUCCGAGUCCGAGUCUGAAGAGAGUGAUGAUGAUAAGGUCACUGCCACUUCGGACAAGGUAACUAAUGUAGCUUCUGUCUCCGGCAAAAAACUUUCCAUUCCUAUCAGAACUGACUGGUACAAUGUUACUCUCACCAAGAAGGACCCACAAGAAGUUGUCGAUCGUUUUGCUCGUGAAAGAUUGUACGAAAGAGCCAAGAAGCUUGUCGACAGCGAGAACAAGCUCUACUUAGAAGAAUUUGCAUCCAAUAACUCCCAGAAGAAGUUCUUGUCUCAAAUUUUGUCUGAUGGUACUCUUAACGAUAAAAUUUCUGCAUUAACACUUUUGAUACAGGAAGCUCCAUUGCACAACAUUAAGGCAUUGGACACUUUAGUAGGCUACUGUGAAAAGAAGUCGAGAACUGCCGCAUUGCAGUCCAUUAACGCAUUGAAGGACUUGUUGUUGAACGGAGUCUUACCUGACCGGAAGUUGUACGCCUUUGACAAGCAGCCUAAUUUGAGCAAAAGUAAUACUGAUGCUGAGCUUGCUGCCUACUACUUUGAAGAUAUAGUCAAAAAACACUAUUUCAAGUUGGUUUCCAUCUUGGAAAUCUUAUCGCAUGAUCCUAUUCUUCACGUGAGAAUGAAUGUCGUCAGUCAUAUAUUUGAUUUGUUGAAGGCCAAACCAGAGCAGGAAGCCAACUUGUUGCGCUUGGGAGUCAACAAGUUGGGUGAUAUCGACAACAAGGUGGCAUCCAAGACCUCGUACCAGAUUUUGCAGCUCGAACAAGCACAUCCAGCCAUGAAGAAGAUCAUUUCCGACUCUGUCAUCGAUAUUGUCUUCAAGAACAACAGUGACUACCACGCUCAAUACUACUCUAUUACAACCUUGAAUCAAACUAUUUUGACCAGACAAGAAGACGAAUUGGCCAACGCUUUGAUCAAGACCUAUUUCGCAUUAUUUGAGAAAAUUUUGGUAGAGACCGACGGAAAAACAGAAGGAAAGGGCGAAGACAAGGUCCUUGGAAAGACCGAAAAGGGUAGAAAAAAUAACCGUAAGAAUUUCAAGAAGGGUAAGAAGGGUGGAAAAUCUGUGAAACAGGAGCCUAAGUCGGAAUCAGAAAUAAUCGAAGAAAAAAAUACCAGAUUGUUCUCGGCCCUCUUAACUGGUUUGAACAGAGCAUUCCCAUUUUCUAACUUGCCGAACGAAGUUUUCCAAAAACACUUGGACACCUUGUUCAAGAUUACCCAUUCCUCCAACUUCAACACCUCUGUUCAAGCAUUGGUGUUGGUAAAUCAUAUCAUUACCCAGCAGCUGUUGGAUUCGAAUAGAUAUUAUAGAACACUAUACGAAUCUUUAUUGGAUUCGAGAUUGGUUAACUCUUCCAAGCAAGGUAUCUACCUCAACUUGUUGUACAAGUCGUUGAAGAACGAUUCCAGCACAGAAAGAGUGCUUGCGUUUGUGAAAAGAAUCUUACAAGUCUGUGCGCACUGGUUGAAUGUCGGUGCAAUCUCAGGUAUGUUGUUCUUGUUGAUGGAAUUAUCUAAGACAUUCCCCCAAAUUCUGGACUUGAGCAUCGAUAUUUCAUCAAGACCCGACCCUGAAGAGGUUGAAGGAGAAGAAAAGAAAGUUGAAACUGAAGAUGAUUCAGAAUAUGAUCCACGUAAACGUGAUCCUAAGUUUGCCAACGCUGAUAAGUCUUCGUUAUGGGAGCUUGGACAGUUCUUACAUCACUACCAUCCUACUAUUGCUGUAUAUGCUUCAUCCUUACUUGAAGGUAAGAAUGAUCAGCCAAAGCCCGAUUUGGGUCUCUUUACGUUGAGUCACUUCUUGGACAGAUUUGUCUAUAGAAACGCAAAGCAAAAGCCAGCCACAAAGGGAUCUUCCAUUAUGCAACCUUUGGGAGGUGUUCACACUGGAUCUUUAUUGGUUAAGGCAACUGGCGUUCAAAGCACGGAAGUCCCUGCCAACACCGAAGACUGGUUAACUAAGAAGGCUAAAGACAUUAGACCAGACGAGCAAUUCUUCCACCAAUACUUUACUACAAAGAAAGACAAAUUGAGAGGUAAGAAACAAGACAAUGAAGCAGAAGAAAUCGACGAAGCCGAAUUAGAAGCUAUGGGUGAUGAUGAAAUCUGGAAGGCGUUGGUUAAAUCCAGACCAGAAGUUGAAGAAGGAAGCGACGAAGAUGAAGGUUUCUCCUUUGACGAAGAAGAUUUCUCUGACUUGAGUGAUGACGAGGAAGUCGAUGAUAGCGAAAAACAAGAGGAAGAAGAGGAAGAAGAAAUUGAAGAUGAAGAUGAAGAAGACGCUGAAAUUGAAGACGAUGAAAUUCCAGAAUUUGACGAAGAAGAAGGAGAAAUAUUUGGUAUCAACUCUGAAGACGAAUUGAAUGAUUCUGAAGUUGAGAUCAAGAUGCUUGGUGACUUCGAUGAGGACGACUCAGAAGAAGAAGUGCAAGAGGAAAAAAAAUCCAAGAAGCGUAGCAAAUCUGACGACAGCGAAGACAAGAAGGACAACAAGAAGAAGAAGACCAAGUUGAGCAGCUUGCCUGUUUUUGCUUCUGUGGAUGAUUAUUCGCAAUAUUUGCAAUCGGAUGAUGAGGAUUACAGUUAGACUAUUAUUAUAUAUCCUGAAAAAAAUAUCAGAUUAUAGACGC